AUGGAACAGUCCAAAGAACAGGGAAAAAUCGAAGCCUUGAAAUCCUUAUCGCGGCUUCUAAAGCCCGGUCGUGAUGGAGAAGAGGUCUCUCGACCUAUUGUCGAUUCUGCAUCGUCGCUAUUUUCUUCUUCUUUGUUAGAAAUGUCGAGAACUCCGGCAUCACCUAAAUCAGCGGCUUUUGAACAAAAAAUGGGGACGAAUUUAACACUUAUUGAGAAUUUAUUCACAGAAAAAUCACCUGACUCUAGUUUUUCUCAAGCGGAGACUUCUUCUUCUUCGUCAUCUGUAUCUAAUGCGACGACCGUUCCGUUAUCAACUCCAAAAACAACAGUAUCUAAUCAAAAUUAUAAUUUAUCGGAUAAUUUCAAGCGUGAAAAGACCAGAAAUUAUAGAAAACAAAAGAGAAAACUAGAGAAGAAGGAAAAAUCUACAGCUGGAAAGGAUUCUCUCUUUAAAACAGAAUCUAAAGGCUUUGCUGCUGCGGUGUUGAAAUUAGAAAGCAAGAUAAAAGAGAAUGCUACUUCUUCUAAUACUUCAACUUGCUUUUAUACCAUCAAAAGAGGUUGUGCGUCCGCCAAAGGAAAAUUACUUGGCACCAUAGGCAUCUUUACCUUAGAUACAGGUGCUGGUAUUAGCAUUGUCAGUUUAGACUACUGGCGGCUUUUAAAAGGAACUGAAGCUGUUUUCCCUUAUUCUGGAGCUGAUAUUGUAGGCCCAGAAGGCAGUUCUAUUGAACCAAUCGGCUGGGUUGAAGCUGAUAUUACUUUAGCAGGACCAACUUUCAGUUUUGAAGGAAUUUUAAGUACACAAAACUCCUUAUGA